UUGCAAUAUGGCGGACAAAGUUUAUCCACGUGUGUUUGAAAUUCGAUUUUCCGCGACUUGAAAUUGCUUAACCAUUGCAAGAAAUUGAAAUCAUGGGUCGAAUGAGGAAAAAGUAUAACUGGAAGGCGAGACUGCAGCCAGAAACAGCAAAGGAAAGUGAGAAAUCAACGCCAUCGUUGGACCAUAAAGAUGUCAUCGAAAAAUCAACUAAAGAUGAGGAAUACAGCAAAUCUCAUGACGACACCAACAUCCUUGUUACUUCAAGCAAGAAAAACAAAGUUAAGGUGACUCACAAGGAUCCGAAUGAGAAGCGAAAGAACCUCACCAAGAAGCAGCGUAAAAAGCUGGAGAAAAUUGUGGAGACGAAACGAAAGAAAGCGAAGAGGGCAGAAUUACUCAAAGCGCUUUCCGAGCAUGCUGUAAGCGAUAAAGAACUAGCUCAAAUGAGUUCUACAACCGAUCUUGGUCAGCUGAACAUAACCAGGAAGCGGAAGUUGUCGGAAGAUGACAGUCAAACAGACACGGUUGAAAGGGGUAUUGUCUCUAGUAUUCGCCGUGGCCGAAAGAAAGGAAAGAAACUUCGACUGGAGAAGAAAGCUCAUGAAUCUGUUCCUGCUAAGAUCACUAAAGAGGCAGAGGAAGAAUUCGACUCUGAAGAGUCGUCUGAAAGUGAUGAUGAGAAUAGUAACAGUCAACGUUUGGCGGAGAAAAAUCAGGGCAUGGAAAGUAUACAUUCAAAUAGAGAUGUAGCAACUGAAUGUACAGACAAAGAAAAGCUAAAGAGUGAGCUAUCUGACUCUAGGAAAGCUUUCAAAGCCGGAGCGAAUGAAGUCAAAGUCGAAAAAUUUGUACAAUCAAAAGAUGAGACAGUUGCAAAGAAUGUGGCGCCGACGAAACCGGAGUCUGAGCCAGCCAUCUUUAAAGAAGUGAAAAGAGACCCGGAAAUACAAGCCGCCAGGCUUCAACUUCCGAUUCUCGCCGAAGAGCAGGCUGUCAUGGAAGCGAUUCAUGACAACGACGUGGUGAUUCUUUGCGGUGAGACCGGAAGUGGAAAGACCACGCAAGUGCCUCAGUUUCUUUACGAGGGCGGUUACACAACACGAGGAUUGAUUGGCGUGACAGAACCGCGGCGUGUGGCUGCCGUGACAAUGUCACGCCGUGUUGCUCUGGAGCUGAAUAUGAGCACUGAGCUGGUUUCUUAUCAGAUUCGUUACGAAGGCAACGUAACCGAAAAGACCAUCAUGAAGUUCAUGACAGAUGGUGUGCUUCUCAAGGAAAUCGAAAAGGACUUUUUCUUGUCAAAAUACUCAGUCAUUGUCAUCGACGAAGCCCAUGAACGCAGCGUAUUCACAGAUAUUCUCAUGGGUUUACUUUCCAGAAUAGUCCCAAUGCGUAAAAGCCAAGGAAAACAACUCAAACUGGUUAUAAUGUCCGCCACCCUCCGCGUGGAGGACUUUACAGGUAAUGCGCGUCUGUUUCCCUCCCCACCUCCUGUAGUUACUGUCGAGUCCAGACAAUUUCCUGUGACGGUCCAUUUCAACAAGAGGACACCUGACGACUACUUAAAUGAGGCGUUCCGCAAAGUGUGUAAAAUUCACCGUACCCUACCACCCGGGGGAAUUUUAGUUUUUGUGACUGGCCAGGCUGAAGUGCAUGGACUGUGUAAGAAGCUGAAGAAGACAUUUCCUCACAACUGGGAGACAACAAAAUCAACGCGCGUCGCGAAGGAGAAGGUGAAGGAUGAAAAUUCCGAUGAUGAUGUUGAUGAUGAUUUUGAUCUUGACAAUUACCCCGUGAAUCCAGCAGUGGAAGACAGAGACGCAGAAGACGAAGACCUCGGUGAAGAUAUCGCAAACAAGGGCGACGAGAGCAGUGGAUUUGAUCUCGACGACAGCGCGUUUACGUCAUUGAUCGACAAGAAUCUUCCUAUGUUCGUUCUGCCGUUGUAUUCGCUUCUGUCGAGCCAGCAGCAAGCCAAAGUAUUCCAGCCAUCCCCAGAAGGGACGCGACUCUGUGUCGUAGCAACCAACGUGGCAGAAACAUCGCUGACAAUUCCCAACAUCAAGUACGUGGUGGACACAGGUAUGGUCAAGAGGCGCUACUACGAUAAAGUCACUGGAGUGUCCUCGUUUAAAAUCACGUGGACAUCCAGGGCCUCAGCAGAUCAGCGAGCGGGCAGAGCUGGUAGAGUGGAGCCUGGGCAUUGCUAUCGUUUGUAUUCCUCAGCCGUGUUCACCAACGAGUUUGAAGAGUUCUCGGCUCCAGAGAUCUCACGUAGGCCAGUUGACGAUUUGGUUCUGCAGAUGAAGGACAUGAGUAUCGACAAGGUUGUUAACUUUCCUUUCCCAACUCCGCCGGACGCGACAGCGCUGCAGAGCGCGGAGAAGCUGUUGUUGAAUCUAGGCGCGCUAGAGGAGAGAAAAACGGUGAAAGGAAACGUCAACGCGGUCAUCACUCCGUUGGGUCGUGCCAUGGCCAAGUUUCCGGUUUCGCCAAGAUACGCGAAGAUGCUUUGCCUGGGGCAUCAGGAAAGCUGCAUGGAAUACGUCAUCGCUAUUGUUUCCGCUCUCACGGUCAAAGAAAUCUUCGCUGAUGACAACGACAGAGAAGCUGGUCAAAUAACCAAGGAGGAUCGGCGGAAGAUAUCGCGGUUGCGUCGCACUUGGGCGGGGCAAGGUGAUGCGCAGAAACUUGGUGACGCGAUGGUUCUUUUGCGAGCUGUUGGAGCCAGCGAAUACGCAGGCUGCACCGAAAAGUUCUGUUCAGAAAACGGGCUUCGUCAUAAAGGGAUGAUAGAGAUCAGAAAGCUUCGAGUGCAGCUCACAAACUCAGUGAAUCUUGUGAAUGCUGACGCAAGGGUGGUGGUUAAUCCUCGAAUGAGCCCACCAUCCCCUGUCCAGUGUAAGGCCCUCCGACAGAUCUGCCUCUCAGGCCUUGGCGACCAUGUCGCUCGUAAGAGCCCCGCCGGAAAUAACCCCCAGCUGAAGAACUCGUACAGUUGCAUGUCCGUGGAUGAGCCUGUUUUCAUUCAUCCCUCUUCCGCGCUGUUUGACGUGUUACCAGAGUUUGUGAUUUACCAGGAAGUCGUGGAGACCUCAAAACUUUUUAUAAAAGGUGUUAUCGCUGUUCAACCUGACUGGAUUCCAGUGUUAGUUCCAAGUAUGUGCACCUUCUCCAAGCCUUUAGAAGACCCUGCGCCUCGCUAUGACUCCGAGGCUGGUGUUGUCAAGUGUCACAUGACCUGUACGUUUGGACCCAAGUCCUGGCAAGUUCCGGCUCAAGAGCUUGAGUACCCGACAGGACUCGACAAAUACAAGUGGUUUGGAAAAUUUUUGCUUGAAGGAAGAGUGGUCGCAGCACUUUCAAAGUUUGUGCCUUUCCUGUUGGGAGCUCCUGUUACAAUGAUCAAGUCGUGGGCAAAGUUACAGCCGAGGACCGAAGUCUUAUUGAGUGAACUUGUGAGCGGUAGUGCGAAUAGCAAGAUGGCGCUAAUGGCAGCUUGGAAGAAAAACCCGAAGUUUCUACUGGCUGCGUUAAAGCAGUGGAUUCCUGAGAGUAAACAUGUUGAACUGACUUCGAUGUGGCCGUCGCUUCUCCGUCUACAGGAGCUAAGUCGAAAAAUAACCGAGAAGGUGAAGGAUGAAAAUUCCGAUGAUGAUGUUGAUGAUGAUUUUGAUCUUGACAAUUACCCCGUGAAUCCAGCAGUGGAAGACAGAGACGCAGAAGACGAAGACCUCGGUGAAGAUAUCGCAAACAAGGGCGACGAGAGCAGUGGAUUUGAUCUCGACGACAGCGCGUUUACGUCAUUGAUCGACAAGAAUCUUCCUAUGUUCGUUCUGCCGUUGUAUUCGCUUCUGUCGAGCCAGCAGCAAGCCAAAGUAUUCCAGCCAUCCCCAGAAGGGACGCGACUCUGUGUCGUAGCAACCAACGUGGCAGAAACAUCGCUGACAAUUCCCAACAUCAAGUACGUGGUGGACACAGGUAUGGUCAAGAGGCGCUACUACGAUAAAGUCACUGGAGUGUCCUCGUUUAAAAUCACGUGGACAUCCAGGGCCUCAGCAGAUCAGCGAGCGGGCAGAGCUGGUAGAGUGGAGCCUGGGCAUUGCUAUCGUUUGUAUUCCUCAGCCGUGUUCACCAACGAGUUUGAAGAGUUCUCGGCUCCAGAGAUCUCACGCAGGCCAGUUGACGAUUUGGUUCUGCAGAUGAAGGACAUGAGUAUCGACAAGGUUGUUAACUUUCCUUUCCCAACUCCACCGGACGCGACAGCGUUGCAGAGCGCGGAGAAGCUGUUGUUGAAUCUAGGCGCGCUAGAGGAGAGAAAAACGGUGAAAGGAAACGUCAACGCGGUCAUCACUCCGUUGGGUCGUGCCAUGGCCAAGUUUCCGGUUUCGCCAAGAUACGCGAAGAUGCUUUGCCUGGGGCAUCAGGAAAGCUGCAUGGAAUACGUCAUCGCUAUUGUUUCCGCUCUCACGGUCAAAGAAAUCUUCGCUGAUGACAACGACAGAGAAGCUGGUCAAAUAACCAAGGAGGAUCGGCGGAAGAUAUCGCGGUUGCGUCGCACUUGGGCGGGGCAAGGUGAUGCGCAGAAACUUGGUGACGCGAUGGUUCUUUUGCGAGCUGUUGGAGCCAGCGAAUACGCAGGCUGCACCGAAAAGUUCUGUUCAGAAAACGGGCUUCGUCAUAAAGGGAUGAUAGAGAUCAGAAAGCUUCGAGUGCAGCUCACAAACUCAGUGAAUCUUGUGAAUGCUGACGCAAGGGUGGUGGUUAAUCCUCGAAUGAGCCCACCAUCCCCUGUCCAGUGUAAGGCCCUCCGACAGAUCUGCCUCUCAGGCCUUGGCGACCAUGUCGCUCGUAAGAGCCCCGCCGGAAAUAACCCCCAGCUGAAGAACUCGUACAGUUGCAUGUCCGUGGAUGAGCCUGUUUUCAUUCAUCCCUCUUCCGCGCUGUUUGACGUGUUACCAGAGUUUGUGAUUUACCAGGAAGUCGUGGAGACCUCAAAACUUUUUAUAAAAGGUGUUAUCGCUGUUCAACCUGACUGGAUUCCAGUGUUAGUUCCAAGUAUGUGCACCUUCUCCAAGCCUUUAGAAGACCCUGCGCCUCGCUAUGACUCCGAGGCUGGUGUUGUCAAGUGUCACAUGACCUGUACGUUUGGACCCAAGUCCUGGCAAGUUCCGGCUCAAGAGCUUGAGUACCCGACAGGACUCGACAAAUACAAGUGGUUUGGAAAAUUUUUGCUCGAAGGAAGAGUGGUCGCAGCACUUUCAAAGUUUGUGCCUUUCCUGUUGGGAGCUCCUGUUACAAUGAUCAAGUCGUGGGCAAAGUUACAGCCAAGGACCGAAGUCUUAUUGAGUGAACUUGUGAGCGGUAGUGCGAAUAGCAAGAUGGCGCUAAUGGCAGCUUGGAAGAAAAACCCGAAGUUUCUACUGGCUGCGUUAAAGCAGUGGAUUCCUGAGAGUAAACAUGCUGAACUGACUUUGAUGUGGCCGCCUAAAGAAUGAAACUUCGUUGCCUUGAGCAAGAAUGAGUCUUAGUUCUUGGCAUUCACGAGAAAGAAACCUGUUCAGGUCGGAAUGAUGUCCACUGGAACCAACUCCCUGAGCCCGCCGUUUCCUUGGAGGUCAGCGUUGCUAUGCAAUGUAUCGUGCAAAUGGCGCCAAGAUGAUGUGGCAUCUGUUGGAGUUUCUCAGUUUCUCGUCCUUCCUUAAGGAAGAAAAAUUAAUAGAAAACCCUUCGACUUCUAAUACAAAUAAUUUCCCCAAAAUGACACUGACUGUCACCUGUAAAAUUUCACGAGACCACUACAUAAUUCUUUGAAACACACACAGCACAGUACUGAGGGAAAGCUCUCAUUUAUUUACAGUUUCGUUCGGCUCUUAUUAAAUCCUUUAAACUUCUGCAGUUCCUUUGACUUCUGAGAAGUGUGAAGAAUAGGAGACUUACUAAAAUUACAUCAGCUUUCGCUAAAUAAACUCCACAAUUUUGCUAAAAAAAACCUUUUCAUAUCUGGCUCGUUGAAAGCAGGCUAAAAGUGCACCUGUUUUUCAUAACAAAACUCCUCUUAAAAGGCCCAGGCCAGUUCACUUUACAGCAGAGUGAAAAGAGGAUAUUUUGAACUUUGCUUCAACAAAAAGCUUUCUCACUAGGAACUUAGACAAUAAGUGAUAAUCGUUUUAACGUGGGACAUGGCUUGUAUCCGGGGAGAGUGUUAGAUCGUGACAUCCGGGGAAGUUUGGAAUCAGAACCGGGUAGCUUUUAAGAGAGAUUUUGCGGUUUUAAAGAUAUAACUUAAACUGCUUAUUACAUUAACAUCUUAGUAAAAAUAUCCAAUGGUAUUUUGUCGUUAUUUUCUGUAGGUCGCUUCUCCGUCUACAGGAGCUAAGUCGAAAAAUAACCGUAAUAUAUAAAUAGAAAAAUAGCUCUGAUAAUACACGGAAAUAGCCA